UGGACAGCCCCUUUGCCAAGAGCAGCCGUUGCACUAUCCCGCCAGUCCACGCUACGAUAACAGUGUUAACGUCACAAGGCCUCAGAUGGUUUAUUUGGGACCCCUGUGCUCCCCCUUUCGAUCCGCCCACUUUCUACCCCCAACCCCAACGAAAACAUCUCCUUCUUUCUCUCUCUACAAUGAUUGCAGCUGUGGGCCAGGCAACAGCCACGCGGUGAUGCCCGGCGACGCGGAAAAGGCGUCGGCCGAGGCUCUGUGCGACUACCUGCGCAGCGGGCAGUCGCCCUUCGCCCCGUGCUUCGCAACGGUGCCGCCCCGGCCGCACUUCGCCAACUGCGUGUUUGACCUGGCCGCCGUGACGGACACGGCGCUGCGCUGCUCGCACCUGCAGGGGUACUUCGCCACGUGCCUGGCGCGUGGGGUGCUGUUCGCGGAGUGGAGGGCGGCCGCCAACUGCACGCUGACGUGCCCGGCCCGCAGCGCGUACACCGCGUGCGCCCCACCCUGCCCGCCGUCGUGCGGUGUGCCCGCGGCCGCGUGCCCGCGGGGCCGCGUCUGUGCCGAGGGCUGCGUGUGCGACGCCGGCUUCUUCCUGCAGGGCGGCACGUGCGUGGCGGCGGCGGACUGUGGGUGCACGCACGGCGGCGUCUACAGAGACGUGGGAAAGUCGUGGUAUAGCCACGACUGCUCGCGUCGCUACAGGUGCCGCUCCCAGGGGGUGGUCGUGGAGGAGGCAGGCGGAUGCCACGGGGGAGAGGCGUGCUUCCUCAAGGAGGGCCGCUUGGGCUGCCACCCAGCGGAGGUGGCGUUGUCGUGCGAGGGAGAACGCAUGUCGGCGCGCAUCCCGCGCGUGCUGGUGCUCAACUACACGGCGAGUGACACGCAGCUCAACGACCCCACGCCGCCCGGCUGCUCCCUCAUGGACGACGGAGACUUCAUCACCUUCGACAUCGGAGUCGCCGACUGCGGCGCCGUCUGCCAGGAAGUGGACAAGUCAAUAAUUUUUUCCCAGACGGUGAUGCUCAAGGCAAACAACAGAAGCCAAGUGAUCACGCGCAACUUCCAUGACAUCCAGGUUCUCAUCAAAUGUGUGUAUGACAAGCGCAAGGGUCUGGCCGUCAGCUUCACUCCGGACACGAACAGCAUCUUCAUCAGAGAGGAGGGCCUCGGAGAGUUCGUCUUCACCAUCGACAUCUUCACGACGGACGCCUUCGCGCUUGCCUACAGGAGGAACGACUUCCCGGUGCACUACAACGAGAGCCAGGAGAUUUAUCUGCAACUCGCCGUCAACUCCACCCUGAGCAUCGCCCUCUUCGCCGAGAAUUGCUACGCGACCCCCAGCGGUGACCCCCGUGACCCCAUCCGAUACGACCUCCUGAAGGAUGGUUGCCCCAUCGACCCCACGUGGAGGAGCUACAGGAAGUUCCUGAAGAAGAAUCAGUUCAGCUUCACGGUGUUCAACUUCAUCGGCAACUUCCACCAGGUGUUUGUCCACUGCGACGUGAUCGUGUGCAAGGUGGACGAGCCCAACACCCGCUGCCAGCAGGGCUGCCUGCGCACCGGGGGGGGCUCUGCCAGGCGCAGGAGGAGCGCGCUGGAGGACGCGGUGCAGUCGGAGGUUCACACCGUCUCACGGGGCCCGCUGGUCUACGGGGAAUCGGCGAAGCGAUCGCCUGGAGUGAAUCUGACCCAGCUGCUGACCCCGCUGGCCCUGGUGUUUGCCGCUCUCUUCGUGGGCGGAUCCUUGAUUUACCACCGCAGGCAGCAAGGACACAGCGGCGGGUACAGCCGCCUGCCGCUGGAAGUCUCCGGGUGAACGGAGAAAGGAGUGGAGGAGACACGGGGAGAGGGAGGAGACACGGGGAGAGAGAGGAGACAUGGGCAGAGAGGGAGAAGGGAUGGAUGGGAGAUGGUGAACGUUAGUCCCUGAGCCAAGAUCAUAUAAUAUACGUGUCAAUGCAAGUCGAGGGGACGUAACUUUAUUGGCUCAACAUUCCGUACGUGGCCAUGAACAUGUACCAAUAUUUUAAAUGAAUGAGUUAUAAAAUAAUCCACUUUUAUUCAACUGUUUUACUUAAUUUGACUCCUGAGUCCUGGUCAAAUCUUGUAAUCUACAUUUCGUCCACUUCCCGUUGUCCAAUCUAUCCCUAAUUGUGCACACGUACUCAGAUCCUGUGACAAUGCAUGCCUGUAUAAAACUCGGCAUCAAAUAAUAAAUUAAUUGGCUCCUUGAAAACAAUCAACUUUUUGUAUGGACGACGUAUUAAUUAUAUAUAUUUGUGGUGGUCAAAAACGCCGUGGGCCCUAAACUCUGGAAUCGCCUCGCCCAAGAAGCAGGCGCCAAGCGUUGAUGUGGGAGCAUCAUUCACGUACUUCUCGAUGGUGAGUUAAACGAAGUUGUGAAAAAAAAAGUGAUUAAACUUCAUUCAUCUGUAUGUCGUGGUAAAAUCUUGUAAUCAAAAUGUCGUCCAGUUCCCCUUGUCCACUCGACUUAUUAAACCUCAUCCCUCUGUUUGUCGUCAAA